GCGGCCACACAGCUCUCGCGAGACUCUGUGUUAUGUAGAACAGCUGACUGUGCUGGGUGGUGCUAUCGAGGGAGGGCUACCUAUUUCGAACUGUUACAAGCUUGAUAUAUCCAUAAUCGCUAAACAGCAUUUUCAGUUCUACUACGGUUUAGACAUUGAUAAUAACUUCCACCACAACAUGGCUGAGACGGACCCCAAGUCGGUGCAGGACCUUACCAAUGUGGUCCAGACACUGCUGCAACAGAUGCAGGACAAGUUCCAGACCAUGUCAGACCAGAUAAUCGGAAGGAUUGAUGAGAUGAGCACGCGUAUUGAUGAUUUGGAGAAGAACAUCUCCGACCUGAUGACCCAGGCUGGAGUUGAAGAGAUUGAGGCGGCACCGGAAAAGCCUAAAGAUGGUCAAGGCUCCUAAUGAAGGUUCCUAAGUAACACGGAGUGAAGUCUACAGGAGACUUUUUCCAUUUUGAAAAUUGACUAAUAUUGAUUUGGCGUGUCGUUGUGUGAAAUGCUUUUUUAUAUAUGGAUUAUUGUGAUAAACGGUUACAGUUAUGAAAUGACUUGAAAAGUUAUUCGUAAACUAGAAUAGUGUGAUAUGCCCUUCAGAACUUUAAACGCUCACGUGCAGAAAUGCAACUUCGGGAUUUUUUUGUGCACUGGCCCCAGAGGUUAUUAGAUCAUAUAUCUUAGAUAGAUAAAUCCCAUGAAGCGAUGGCUGAUGGGAAUGUUUUGCCUGGGCUGGGAAGUACAACAUGCAGGCCAGUGGAACCUCCAUCUGUACCAACAUGGGCGCAGUGAACAUCUGAAGCCUGGAGAGUUAACAGAGCACUGUUAGUACCAGGGUGUGGGAUGCAUUCCAAUUUCAGCUGAUUUUCUUCUAUUAAAGCUAUUUAAUACAA